AUGGGUGGGGAGGGAGCUGACGUGGUGGAGGCCGGCGAAGGUGAGGAGGAGGGUGGUGGUGGUGGUGGUGAAAUAGUGGAAGUAGUACCUUUGCCUCCCUUCCAGCAGAAUGGAUGCAUCCUGGGUAGGGAGCCAGAGCACAGUAGCAGCUCCACGCCUCUGAUAGCAGAGACUGAUGCGGAGGGAGGAAAAACCACUGCUCCUUUUCAUAAUCUGGAAGAGCUCCCUGAGAUUGAGGCCAUGUUAUCCUCUUCCACAUCAGAACCAAAGGUGACACCUCGGCUGUCCAAGCUCAGACUGGUGGUUUUGGCUGUGUUCAGCUUGUAUUCUCUGGUGAAUGCCUUUCAGUGGAUCCAAUACAGUAUAUUGAGCAGUGUGUUUACAACCUACUAUGGGGUGACCAAUGCUCAGAUAGACUGGCUUUCCAUGGUCUAUAUGGUGGUAUAUGUGCCUCUCAUCUUUCCUGCCACCUGGCUGCUAGACACUCGUGGACUCCGACUCACUGCCUUGCUGGGAUCUGGACUCAAUUGUUUGGGUGCCUGGGUUAAAUGUGCUAGCGUCCAGCAAAACCUUUAUCCAGUCACUUUGUUGGCCCAAAUCACUUGUUCCGUGGCUCAAGUCUUUAUUUUGGGACUGCCAUCCCACAUUGCCAGUGUCUGGUUUGGGCCCAAGGAAGUCUCUACUGCCUGUGCUGUAGCUGUGCUGGGCAAUCAGCUAGGCACAGCAAUUGGUUUUCUCUUGCCACCUGUUUUAGUUCCAAACACAGAAAAGGACCUUGAUCUCAUGGGACAUAACAUCAGCAUCAUGUUCUAUGGCACAGCAGCAGUAUCAACACUCCUAUUUCUAUUAACAGCUCUUGUAUUUAAAGAAAAACCUAAAUAUCCUCCAAGUCAAUCUCAAGUUGUUCUUUCAGAAGUGUCUCCAGAAGCUUACUCGUAUAAACAAUCAAUAAUCAACCUCUUCAAAAACAUUCCUUUUGUUCUUUUGCUGAUUAGUUAUGGAAUUAUGACGGGGGCAUUUUAUUCUGUCUCAACACUACUGAAUCAAAUGAUAUUAUAUCAUUAUAAGGGAGAAGAAGUGAAUGCUGGGAGAAUUGGCUUGACACUUGUGGUAGCUGGAAUGGUGGGUUCAAUUAUUUGUGGUUUGUGGCUCGAUUACAGCAAAACAUACAAGCAGACUACAUUAAUUGUGUACAUCCUCUCAUUUGUCGGGAUGGUUGCAUUUACAUUUACCUUGAACUGUGGACAACUUAUAAUUGUAUUUGUGACUGGUGGAGUGCUUGGCUUCUUCAUGACUGGCUACCUUCCACUUGGUUUUGAAUUUGCUGCAGAAAUUACAUACCCAGAGUCAGAAGGCACUUCAUCCGGGCUUCUGAAUGCUUCAGCACAGAUAUUUGGGAUUCUUUUUACACUGAUACAAGGAACACUUACAACUGUUUACAACCCACGUGCAGGAAACAUUUUUCUUUGUACAUGGAUGUUUGUUGGCAUUAUUUUAACAGUUUUUAUCAAAUCAGAUUUGCGAAGACACAGUGUGAAUUCAGGGAUGAUGAAUGCUGACAUUAAAUCUGUGUCAAUUGAGAGCCCUACAGAAAAUGAACAGAAUAAAACUGCAUCAAAGAGCCCAUUGGACUCAAAAAUUUGAUACUGAGAAGAGAAACCAUGGACAGUCAAAGUGUCAGGUUACAUCAGGAAGAAGCAGCUUGAUAAGUAAUUGUAAAGACUUUGUCUGAAAGCAAGGGAUCCAUGUUACUGGUGAUGAUCAUGCAGUACUGCUUAAGUGUAAACCACAAAUGAACACCCUAUCUAUGGAGGACACAUUUUAACUUUACGACUAUUUAUAGUUGUAAUCUUUUCUUAAGUUGCACUAGUAGAUUCACUGAAUUCUGACAUUCCUUUUCUAGAAGCUGUGCACUUUGAGAAAUUACAGUAAAACAACUUGAAUGCUAUGGCAAAUGACCAAGAGGUUCUAGUUAAAGUCAGCACAACUACUUAAUCUACAAACUGCUUCCUUUAUAUUGAAAGUAUGCACUGAAUAGACUGAUAUAAAUGAAAGGUGUGUGGGAUCUUUUUUUACUGUAAAGAUACUGAUAUUUUUAAACUGCUCCUAUAGGAGGAGCAUUAUUUCUAGCACAACACACAGUAUAAGAACAGGUUUUGAAUGUGCUAUACUGUGAACUGCAUUUGCCGUUUAUGUUGGCGUUGGAAUGAUUACAAUUUAUGAAGCUUCUCUGUAUCCAACCACAGAUCAGGAAGCUGCAUAAAUUCAUAAUAUUUCUUGGAAAUAUUUAAUUGCUAUAUAUUCUAGAUGGCCUUCAAGUCUCUUAGAGCUGCAUCCAUCCUGACCUUUUCCCCUUUGCAUUCUAAAAGCACAUGAAGAAAGGGACAAACAUAUUUUGGUAAAAGAAUUCACCAUCUCUUACAGAGAUGCAUGUCUUCAUCUGUUUUCCUCUGUGUUCCUGCUUGUGUGGCUAGAAGGUCAGUGUAACAUAAAUGCAGGGAGGAAGUUGAAGGGGGAAAGUGUAAGAGUACACACUGGGCUCUGCUGUUUCAGAUGAUCAGGAGGCAAGCAGGUUUACUGUGCCUUUUCCUACUGAAUCAUGUAAAGAAUGGCAGUUGACAGUCUUACUUAGGCUCUCAUGUUUUUAAUGGAAAAUGGUGUUGCCUGUGUUCAGUCUGCUGUUUGCUGCUUUGAUAAAAUAUGUCCAAUGUUAUCUAUGUGGAAAAUGUAGCAGAAAUGUUUGUUUAAAUGUGUUAUUGUAUCACUUGAAUACAACUUGUCUGGGAGUUACUGAUGGCUAGCUUUUAAAUCUCUCUUCAGCUUUAAAUGAAAAGUGAAAAUGAUGUUUUUGCUGGGCCCACUGAUGCUGCUACUUAGAUUCUCAAAUACAAACAGGAUAUUUGAGUAACAUUCUGACUUCUUAACCUUAAUCUUAUUACAUUAAGGGGUAAGCGUGUUCAAGACGACUCAUCUCUUAAACUGGCCCAGACGCAAUCCUUCCAAAACCUCUGUGGCCUCAGAAGGGCCGGCAGCAGGUUGGCUCCACCCUCCCCAGUCC